AUGAAGUUCUUCACCGAAUUAGCUUUAUGUUGGGGUGGAGCCACUGUGAAUCCAGCAGCGGAGACCACCGUUAGUGGGCGGCAGCAAGAGGAGGAGCAAUGGCCAAGGAACUUCAGCCAUGAACAUGCCGCAAGUGGAGUAAGGAAAAUCAAACCCUCCAGGCAAUGGAAACCCAAUCUUCACGCAAUUUCUGAAGACCGUCCAAUUUCUGAUCUAACCCAACCGACGGUGAGAUCUGAUCAUAACAAACAACUCCAUAAAGUCAAACCUGAUUCUACUACUAAGGUUGUACCGCCACCAAGUCACCUUGACAAUUACUGGAAAUCGACCCCUCCGAUAUCCUUGCCAGCAUUCUAUCCGAGUCCAUUUAUGAUCUGA